AAUGCCGCAGGAGCCUUCUCCAUACCCCACGUUACAAUGGCCACCCACUUCUCCAAGGAUCAGGAGGAGAGAAUCAGGUGUGUGAAGGGGGACCUGUUCUCGUGCCCCAGCACGGAUGCCCUGGCUCACUGCAUCAGCGAGGAUUGCCGCAUGGGCGCCGGCAUCGCCGUGCUCUUCAAGAAGAAGUUUGGAGGCGUCCAGGAGCUCCUGGAUCAAAAGAAGAAGACCGGGGAGGUGGCAGUUCUGCAGAGGGACGAGCGGUACAUUUAUUACCUGAUUACAAAGCAGAAGGUUUCUCACAAGCCCACAUAUGAGAGCAUGCAGAAGAGUUUGGAAGCCAUGAAAGCUCACUGCCUGAACAAUGGAGUCACUGACAUCUCCAUGCCCAGGAUUGGAUGUGGACUCGACGGCCUGCAGUGGGAAAAGGUGUCAGCCAUCCUUGAGGAAGUGUUUGAGAACACGGACAUCAAGAUCACAGUUUACAGCCUGUGAGCAGAACAAAGAUCCCCAUUCCCCCCCAGCUUUGGGAGCAGAACCUGUGAACUGACAAGGUGGGGAGCACGUUCUGCAUUCGGGUGUCACCUGUGUGACAGCGGCAGGGGCUUCCAGCAGCAGAGCUCCGGAGAGGCUCCUCUGGGGCUGUUAAGGAGCAGGAGGCAGCGGCGCUGUGCGCACCCUCGGGGAGCUCGGUGUGUGCCUGCAGCCACCAGGUGUCACUGGGGCUCCACGCGGCCGCACGGAGCCGCUGCCUCCCGGGGCCUCGCCGUUCUGCUCGGCUUGGUGCUCACGAGCUGCCCCAGGCAGCGCUGGCACCUCUGCUUCGUUCUCUUUGCCGUGUCCUGCCUGGCGCUCGGGUCACUCACCUGCUCUCACCUGUGGAACGGUUUCAUUUCUCCCUUCCGGCCACAAAUUGGGUUUGUUGAGAUCGUGCUCACUCAGGAUCGUGCUGUGAUGUUUAAAUAAACAGUGCCCUGCUGUUGGA